CACUGUUUCCAAAAAUCAAAUUUUCUUUUUGUUUUGGUGUCGGUUUUGUUGCUCGAAAACAUAUAAUUUUGAUUAUAGGCCAACAAGAAGUACAUUUCAUUCGAGUUGAUUUGCGCCACACAGCCUACUCUCAGUUAAAUGGCGGGAAACUUUUGGCAAAGCUCGCACUCGCAGCAGUGGAUACUGGACAAACAGGAUUUGCUGCGGGAGCGUCAGCACGAUUUGCUAUCCCUGAACGAGGACGAGUACCAGAAGGUGUUCAUAUUCUUCGCCAACGUGAUCCAGGUGCUGGGCGAACAGCUGAAGCUGCGCCAGCAGGUGAUAGCCACUGCCACGGUGUACUUUAAGCGUUUCUAUGCAAGGAAUUCGCUGAAGAACAUUGAUCCGCUGCUGCUGGCCCCCACCUGCAUACUGCUCGCCUCCAAGGUGGAGGAGUUCGGCGUCAUAUCCAACUCCCGGCUGAUAUCCAUCUGCCAGUCGGCCAUCAAGACCAAGUUCAGCUAUGCCUACACGCAGGAGUUUCCCUACCGCACCAAUCACAUCCUGGAGUGCGAGUUUUACCUGCUGGAGAAUCUCGACUGCUGCCUGAUUGUGUACCAGCCAUACCGACCGCUGCUCCAGCUCGUGCAGGACAUGGGCCAGGAGGACCAGUUGCUCACGCUCAGCUGGCGCAUCGUCAACGAUUCCCUGCGCACCGACGUCUGUCUGCUCUAUCCGCCCUAUCAGAUUGCCAUUGCCUGCCUGCAGAUUGCCUGCGUUAUACUGCAAAAGGACUCCACGAAGCAGUGGUUUGCGGAGCUCAAUGUGGACCUCGACAAGGUGCAGGAGAUUGUGCGGGCCAUUGUCAAUCUGUACGAGAUGUGGAAGGACUGGAAGGAGAAGGACGAAAUACAAAUGCUGCUGGCCAAAAUACCGAAGCCCAAGCCACCGCCACAGCGCUGAUUCCAUCUAGAUAUAUACGAGACGAGUAUUAGGAUUCAUUUUUGUCAAAUUUGUACACAUAAUUCUACAGCGGAUUAAAUGCGA